AUGUCUGACAUCGUCUUGAAACUCAAAGAACAAGCCAACGCGGAAUUCCGCAAGGGAAAUUAUAGACCAGCGAUCAAUCUGUAUGCAAAAGCUCUCGAUGCUGCAUCGGAGAGUACUCCCAUCGAGACAAAGCGCCAGGUUCUCAGUAAUCGGGCGCAAACUUACCGUCUCUGGGGAGAGAUCUACUCUGCUCUCCAAGAUGCCGACCUCGCUCUCUCGCCCGAAUAUACUACAGCCGACUCGCCCAAGGCCAUGACGGCAAAAUGCUACUAUCGUCGCUCGAGGCUGCGCUACCAGCAUGCCAUGUACGAUGAAGCUCUGGAGGACUAUAAGCGCUUCGAAGAACUGCAGACUGAGCUGGGCGAACCUAUCGAUAGCGUGGCGCACCAGCUACAUACACAGGUUCAGAAGGCGAUGAACGAGCCGGAGGAUAGUGAAGCUCGACAAGUGGCAGAACUCAUUCGAGCGUGUAACUAUCGCGGUAUCCAGAUCUCAGAGGACGACCGACCAUACUUUCCAACACCGCAGCCCGAGAGCGAGGACGACUUGUCUACCCGUUUUGACUACCCAUCAGGACGCCCGAACCCUCGUCUCUCGAAUCCCUCUGCCACGCCCCUCGCUUUCCCCUUCAAAUUCGGGUUUGUGGGACUCAAAGACCCCGUUGACCCCUCCAUGGGCUUCAGUGGAACCAUCGAGAUUGCGGAACAAGGGGAUCCAUACGAGCCAGACUCAGACACCAUCAGUGUCCAUGUGCAGAAUCUUCUGCCCUCUUAUGCUAUGUAUUACGGACCAAAGAGCUUCAGUCCAUCUGUCAUGGCGAAGUACUCAAAAAAGAACGCCGAGCUGGCCUUGAUCACGGCCAAAGGUCGUCUCCUUCUCAUUCCCUGGGAGACAAAGACUAGGGAUAUCUGGGAGGGUGCUCGCUGGCCUAGGACUACACCAUGUCCUUUCAAGGAUGCCCGUAAGACGCCGAGGGUGAGACCAUACGAGCCAGAUGGGGCUGCGUUGGUAAAGGGCUUUAUGUUAUUCUACGUCGUUCCUAAGGCAGAGUUGGAUUCCUAUGUCAACGUAAUGCAGACACAUCUCGGAGGAAUGGAGUACUAGCAACCCGGUGCUUAAAGUUCUUCGCGAUUGUAAAAGAGGCGAAAUUUCUGUUCUCGAUGUUUACUGGUGGCAUGUAUCAGGCAUACAAUUAGGCGAACAGCAUCACGAUGGAAAUCGCGC